AUGCCGACAUGGGGGAUUCUGCUUGUUGACUUUCUCUGGAUAACCUCCCAGGUAUCCUCCCUCCUCGCUCGCCGUACCCUCGCAACCGUCAACGUCAACACCGCCUCCUCCUCCUACAUCCCAGACAUCGCCGCCCGCACACCUCCCUACCCCAAACUUCUUAAAUGCCUCGAGAGCGUCCGCCACUGCCUCAAUCCCUCCCGCCAACUCACGCUCGCCGAAAAGAUCCUGUACUCGCAUCUCGCCAACCCCGCCGAGGCCCUCCUUUCCAACACCGACAACGGGCUCAACAUCCGCGGCAAUGCAAACCUCAAGCUUAAGCCCGACCGCGUCGCCAUGCAGGACGCAUCAGCCCAGAUGGCCCUGCUGCAGUUCAUGACCUGCAACCUGCCGUCGACGGCCGUGCCGGCGAGCAUACACUGCGACCACAUGAUUGUAGGCGAGCGAGGCGCCGACGUGGAUCUGCCCGAGUCAAUCAAGGGCAAUAAGGAGGUCUUUGAGUUUCUCGAGUCCGCGGCGAAGAAGUACGGCAUUGAGUUCUGGCCGCCCGGAGCGGGUAUUAUUCAUCAGACCGUGCUGGAGAACUACUCUGCGCCCGGCCUCAUGAUGCUCGGCACCGACAGCCACACGCCGAAUGCUGGUGGGCUGGGAGCAAUCGCAAUCGGCGUGGGUGGUGCCGACGCGGUAGACGCCCUCGUCGAUGCGCCGUGGGAAUUGAAGGCUCCGAAGAUUCUGGGGGUGAGGCUGGAAGGCCAGCUGAGCGGUUGGGCGUCGCCGAAGGAUGUCAUUCUCGCUCUGGCGGGCAAGUUGACGGUCAGAGGAGGAACGGGCUUUAUCAUCGAGUACCAUGGACCGGGCGUAGACUCGUUGAGCUGCACAGGCAUGGCGACUAUAUGUAACAUGGGGGCUGAGGUUGGGGCUACGACGUCCGUGUUCCCAUUCUCGCAUAGACAUAUUCCGUAUCUGGAGUCUACGCACCGAGCAUCCAUUGCUGCCCAGGCCCAGUCUAUUGCGAACUCGAAACCUUUCUUGAACUUGCUGAGAGCGGACGAGGGGUGCGAGUAUGAUGAUUUGAUUACUAUCAAUCUUUCUACGCUGGAACCCCAUGUAAAUGGGCCCAACACCCCAGAUUUGUCGACGCCGUUGUCCGUUUUUGCGCAGGCUGUCAAGACGAAUAACUGGCCGCAGACUGUUUCUGCUGGCCUCAUAGGCAGUUGCACGAAUAGCUCGUAUCAGGAUAUGACGAGAGCGGAGGAUUUGGUCAAGCAAGCCACCGCUGCUGGGUUGAAGCCUGCGACGGAUUUCUUCAUUACGCCUGGUAGCGAGCAGAUUAGAGCUACUCUUGACCGGGACAAUACCAUUUCGACCUUUGAGGAAGCUGGUGGUAUUGUCCUUGCCAAUGCUUGUGGUCCUUGUAUCGGCCAAUGGUCUCGUACCGACGGCGUGGAGAAAGGCGACAGCAACGCCAUCUUCACCUCUUACAACCGUAACUUCCGCGGCCGCAAUGACGGCAAUCCCCAAACUAUGAACUUUCUUGCCUCCCCCGAAAUCGUCACUGCAAUGUCAUAUGCGGGCUCGACCUCCUUCAACCCUCUCACAGACACCAUAACCACACCAUCCGGUACCCCCUUCCGCUUUUCUCCUCCAACUGGCUCCGAACUCCCAGAAAACGGGUUCGAGGCCGGCAAUCCGGCUUUCCUCCCUACCUCAGGCGCUCCCUCGCCUCAAACCGAAGUCGUCGUUUCUCCCACAUCGGACCGUCUCGCCCUCCUUGAACCCUUCGCCCCCUUCCCCUCCUCCGAACUCAAAGGUUUAAAAGUUCUUUACAAAGUGACAGGAAAGUGCACCACAGAUACCAUUUCCGCCGCCGGUCCGUGGCUGAAAUACAAAGGCCACUUGCCCAAUAUCUCAGCCAACACUUUGAUUGGUGCCACGAACGCUGCGACAGGUGAGGUGAACGUCGCCUACGAUUUCGACGGCAGCACAUCUGGCAUCCCUGAACUGGCACAGAAGUGGAAGGAGCAAAAUAUCGAAUGGCUGGUAGUAGCAGAAGACAACUACGGCGAGGGCUCUGCCCGCGAACACGCCGCUCUCCAACCCCGCUACCUGGGCGGCCGCGUUAUUCUCGCCAAGAGCUUUGCUCGAAUCCACGAGACGAACCUGAAGAAGCAGGGUGUGGUGCCGCUGACAUUCGCUAAUGGCGACGACUACGCGCGGAUCGAGGCGUGCGAUGAAGUUGAGACGGUCGGCUUGUACGAAGUGUUGCAGAAUGGUGGGGAGGGUGAGGUGAGACUGAGAGUCACGAAGAGGAAUGGGGACGAGGUCAUGUUGAGGACGAAGCAUACGCUUAGUAAAGACCAGUGCGGGUUCAUCCUGGCGGGAAGCGCGCUGAAUCUCUUGGCUGGGAUGAGUAAGGCAUAG